ACCAACUCAAACUGAUCAUGCCACCGGCUGCGGUGUCCAGAAAUUAUCUACAAGAAUCCCAACUGCUGGCCGAGGAGUUUUGCAACAAUACAUCAAUUCACGGAGUGAAGUAUUUCGUCGGUUCGAAACGGGCACUGAUCGAGAAAAUCUGGUGGAUCGCCGUAUUUUUGCUGUCACUGUACGGCUGUGGCAGGCUCAUCUAUACCGUGUACAGAAAAUGGGAACACGAGCCCGUCAUUGUGACGUUUGCUCAAAGACCAACACCGGUUUUCCAAAUUCCUUUUCCAGCCAUUACCAUUUGCCCGGACACUAGAGCGAAGGUGGAGGAAUUUAACUUUACGAAAGUUUAUCAUCUCAGUGUGGAUUCCGAAACGAGAAAGACUAUUAGCGCGAGGGAUAUGAGAAAGCUGCAAGCGAUGCUGCAAAUCUGCGAGUUUGGGUUUAAUGGAUUGCUAUUCAAUGAAACAUACGACAAUGACUGCGCCAAAAUUUUGAAGAGUAUAUCUAUCCCCCAAGAGCAAUUAUUUGUUUACUGUGAAUGGCAUCAGUUGAACAUAAAUUGUACGGAAGAUUUUACACUAGUCUUAACGGAUGUUGGAUACUGUUACAGUUACAACCUGCUGGCCAGCGGGGAUAUCUUGCGAGAGGAUCAACUUCACCCGGAUUCCGAGUACAUUGCCGAAACACGAAGCUCCUACAAUUGGACCCUGGAUAAUGGCUACCGACCGAGAACUGACAUUAAUACCUAUCCGCGGCGUGCCCUCGGAGCUGGUAUCAAAGCCGGAGUGUUUGCUUUGCUGUCGGUCAAUGAAGAUGAUAUGGAUUAUCUUUGCAGUAACUCCUUUCAAGGAUUCAAGGUGCUUCUGCAUAUGCCGAACGAAUAUCCUCAACUGCUGAACCAACAUUUCCGUGUGCCGUUGAACCAGGAAGUAGCCGUAUCGGUCACUCCGACGAUGAUUGAAACUUCCGAUAGUAUCAAGUCGUACACGCCGUCCCGUCGACAAUGCUUUUUCGGCAAUGAACGAUAUUUGAAAUAUUUUCGAGCAUACACUCAGUCCAACUGCGAACUUGAAUGUUUGACCAAUUUCACCCUGAAAAAAUGCGGGUGCGUGCAAUUGUCCAUGCCUCGAGCACCGAAUGUCAGCAUAUGCGGAAUAGGCCAGCAAGAGUGCUAUAACCGAGCGACAUCGGAACUCCUGGAGAUGGAGGUGAAGCUUCUAGAGAAGAGCCAAUCCAAGCAGAUGGACGAAUGCAACUGUCUGCCCUCCUGCAGAGUGGUGCAGUACAAUACGGAAAUAUCUCAGGCUUCGUUCGAAUGGCAAAAACUACUUUCGGUGUUUGAUUUGACGGAAGGAAUGUUGACUGGAUUUCAGGUGUCCCAUUUACAAGUAUUCUUAAAAGAGGGCCAGUUUAUACCGAUCCAGCGCAACGAGUUGUUUGGGUUGACGGAUUUCUUGGCCAACUGUGGUGGGCUUCUUGGAUUGUUUAUGGGUGUUAGUAUUCUCAGUUUGGUGGAGAUUUUCUACUAUUGUGCUAUCAAACCGUUGGUUAUGUGGAUGAAGUCGAAAACAGGAAGAAAUCAAACAGAGUAUAUCCAACCCAUCAGAAGUGAUCUGAAUGGAUUUGGUACUAAACAAUUAAAUAUUUUACGAUAUGAUAAUCAAGCAGGUAUUGGAAAAUUUUAA